AUGUCUCAGGGUCACUCGCCCGCCCCGUUCCCGUCGCCCGGCGGCCCUUCCCAGCAGCAGCCGGUGCAAGCGCGGGCAGGGUGCGCGGCACCCCACCUUCAGGGCUCCAGCUCCGAGUUCGUGCCCCCCCCUCGCUCAGUAGCCGCCGCAUCUGGAUGUGCUCCAGGUGCGUUCCGGCCGCCGCCAGAGCUGCGGGACCAGGGGUGUCUGGAGAGCCGACGGGGCCGUGAGUACCGGGCCGGGGGGCGGGAGGCGGUGGAUGUGAGCCGGGGGACGCAGAGGAGGAGUCGUGGACAAGGGCGUUCCGCUGCCGGCCGGGAGCCUUCGGAGCUGUUGGGAGGAGCUGGGAAAGCUGAGUCCCCGCGCGAAAGCACCGGAGAUCGGAUCCCGUCGAGGGAGAAAAGGGGAGAAACGAGUGUUCAGUUGGCAAAGCCAAAAUCAAGUCCAAAAAAGGAAGACUAUCAAGAAGGAAAUCUCCCUCACAUAAGACAUGGAAGAGGAGAAACCUGGUCAUACAUUAAAGGAUCUGAGGAAUGGUGUCUCCUCUCAGCCCUUGGCAGCACACAGUUCUUUCUCCCUGCUGGAAGUAUCAUUAUCCAGAGCAAAAGACUGGAUUCAACAAACUAACAGUCCUUUUCCACUUGCAAGAACAGACCUGUAAGUUUUCUUGCGUUAUACGGAGAACCCACAAACAACUUCAACAAAGCAAAAUAACUGAGCAACCCCAGAUGAAAGAGAAGCAAGUGCAAACCAGGCAGGUACAGUUCUUACAGGCAAAGCCCUUUUCUGAGACCACUGCUUCCAUCAAUAUGGCUGGGAAAGAGAGAAGCAGAUGACAGUUGAGAAGCAAAAGCUUCAGGGGACUAUUUAAAGCAGCUGAAUAUCUUCAGAUGGAAUACAUCUGGAAGUAUUGAAGGAGUUUGCUGAA